GACCCUAAGUACGUAUUAUAUGGGCCUGUUAUAAAGAUCGUUCAUCAUAAUACAGAAUCGUAUUUCAAGAAUUCAGACCCGUGACUCCUUCCUCCUCAUCUCUAACUGUUAUGGCAUCUCACCUCCUAGAUCAAAACAGCAUCUUAAGCUCUCUCUGUUCGUUCUUGAAUGGCAUUCGAAGGUGAUAAGAACCCAGAUCACUCAAAAGUUCAUCUUCAUCUAUCUACCUUUCAACCAGAAGAGCAGUUUCAUUCAAAAUUUUGGGACCAAGCUGGUUCUCUCUCUCUCUCUCUCUCUCUCUGCAGCUUGAAGCUCUUCAAUUAUUCACGGUUGUUGAAAUGAUAUUCCAUUCCACAACUUGGACUGAGAAACAUCCAAACCUCUCUGUUUUUGUCACUCUGAUCCUCUCUCUCUCUCUCUCUCUCUCUCUCUCUCUUCUUUGAACAAAGGCUCCUCAAAUUCACGUGUUGCUGACUGAAUUUGAUUUGCUCAUCUUACUCAGUUCUCCAAAUUCCCUUCUUUACUCCGCAAGUUUCUUCUCGAGCUACCAAUUCUUGUUGAUCAUUCUCAAUCUAUCUUUUCUGGUCCCUAGACUUGGCUGAUCGUCCCGAUCUUCACUCCUACCACUUCAAAGCUCAAUAACUCCUCACUCCCUUGUGAUCUCAAAACCAAUUUCGUCACUACCAUCCAUCACAAAGUUCCAGACUUUCGUGGCGCUAUCAGUCUCACAAAGAGAGAGAUGCAAGAGACGACAGCGUUUCAGAGCACGAAGCUACAGUUCCCAGAGCAAGAGAGGCUGAUAUGCCCACGUUGCGAUUCGACCAACACCAAGUUCUGCUACUUCAACAACUACAACCUCUCUCAGCCCCGCCAUUUCUGCAAGAACUGCAAGCGCUACUGGACCAAAGGCGGCUCCCUCCGCAACAUCCCCGUCGGCGGCGGAACCCGCAAGAGCUCCUCCACCAAACGGGCCUCCAAUCCGAAACGCCAGAACCCGGAACCGGAUCCUGACCCGAGACCCAGUAAGCAUGGGCUGCAGCUCCAAGAGUCAACCACGGCUUACUCCCGGCAGUCUAACGCCACAGAAGGGGCCCUGUUGGAAUGUGUCAGCCGAUCGGGGGCGGGAUCCGGUGAAUAUGGAGUUAGCCUGAACACGGUCUCGAGUCUGGGUUCGGGUUCUGUCAUGGGGCCUGAAGUGGAUCUUGACUCGCGACGAGAUGGAAGGGGGCGGGAGGAUCAUAUUGAUCAUGCACGAUGGUCUUGCUAUUUAGAGUACACUAGCUUCAAGAAUACUACAGACGAGAGAUGGUAAUAUGUGAUGAACAGUAUGUUGAACAGGAGGAGUCCGGUGAAAUUGCCAAUUCGAGAAAUGAGAACGAGAUUGCUCGGGGGGGGAACCGCAGAGAUCUCGCGAAGCAAGACGAGAGCAUCAUCAUCAGCAGGUUGCAUUCACAUGUGAAGGCCGAAAGACCAGCACGCAACCAAGGGAUGGCGAUAUUUCCUAGUGUAAUUUUGUGAUUUCAUGUUAGGUUCUCUCUUUUCUGGCUUAGUGUGUGAUUUUAUGUAAGAUUGCGAGAUGAUCA